AAAACGUAUUUUGUUGUUGUGUCGCUCACCAGCGAAUCCAAUAACUAUACUAUGCGAUCUGAGUUUGCGGUAUAAAAUACAAAAAUUGCCAUUCGAAAACGGUGGGCGAAAACGCGAAAGGCAGCGCUUGAAAGCCAGUGAAGUCGUGGACAGUCAGGAGAUAACACUGAUUGUUGUUAUUAUUUAUAUAUUUUUUACAUAUUUUUUAACCGCUGUGCGGGGAGUGCGUGGUGUGUAUAGCAAAGUUAGAGAAAGAAGUGUGCGAGAAGCAAAGGAGUAACUGGGGGCAAUGACAACGUCGACAAUUAAGCCAACGGGCGGCGAGGAAGUUCCGCCGGCGGGGGUGGUGGGCGAUGUCGCUGAUGUGGGAGUGGCCGCCAGUUUGACGAAACGGGACUCUCAGGAGGAUACGUGGGCAUCCAAGGGGUACAACUACAUAAAUCCGUUUGUCCAUCGCAUCGAAAUCGACAGUCACAUAGAGGUGGCCAAGAUCUAUGUGCUGACAGUUCUGCUCCUGCCCAUCCGUGUGGUGGGCUGCGUCCUCUCUCUAAUCUCCGCGUGGAUGUUCGCCUGCAUUGGACUCUAUGGAAUGACCCUGGAUGAUCUCAAAGCGAAACCCCUCACCGGCUGGCGGAAACAAAUGCAAUGCAUGACGGCCCGUGGGAUGCGCAUGGUGUACACCUUCGGAUCGUUCCACUAUGUGACCAUGAAGGGUCGAGCGGCGACGGCGAAGGAGGCACCCAUUCUGGUGGUGGCACCGCACUCCUCCUACGUGGACUCCAUCCUGGUCGUGGCCAGUGGCCCGCCCUCGAUAGUGGCCAAGCGGGAGACGGCGGACAUACCGCUGCUCGGAAAGAUCAUCAACUAUGCCCAGCCCAUCUAUGUGCAGCGCGAGGAUCCCAAUUCGCGCCAGAACACCAUACGUGACAUUGUCGACCGAGCCCGCUCCACAGACGACUGGCCACAGGUGGUCAUCUUCGCCGAGGGCACCUGCACCAAUCGCACGGCUCUGAUUAAGUUCAAACCGGGCGCAUUCUAUCCGGGUGUGCCCGUCCAGCCGGUGCUCCUUAAGUAUCCAAAUAAAUAUGACACUUUCACAUGGACCUGGGACGGACCGGGAGUAUUACGACUUCUCUGGCUGACGAUGACGCAGUUCUAUAACCGCUGCGAGAUCGAAUAUCUGCCUGUGUACACACCAUCAGAGGACGAGGUGGCUGAUGCCAAUCUGUAUGCCAACAAUGUGCGCGAGGUGAUGGCCAAGGCCUUGGGUGUGCCCACCUCGGAUUAUUCGUUUGAGGAUGUGAUUGUGAUGAGUCGUGCCCGCGACAUGAAGAUUCCCUUUCCUGGCGACAUCGUCGAGAUCGAGCGCACCAUGGAGAAGCUGGGCCUGAUCGAGAGCCAACGGGACGCGGAGCUGUGCAAGGGCUUCCUUCGGUUAGCCAACACGGAUAGGUUGGACAUCAUCACGUUUGGCGAGCUGCUCCAGGUGGAUCUAAAGAACACCCAUCUGCACAAGCUGUUUGCCCUGCUCGAUCACCGACGGGCGGGCACAGUGAGUUUAAAAAGCUUCCUGCUUUGCUCCCUCUUCUGCAAACUGAAGAAUUCCGAUCUUCUGACUUUCCUGCGUGCCCUCAUCCAUCUCUACAGCGAAUCCAGUCAGCAAAUCGACAGGGAAAGCUUUGUACGAUUAAUGAGACACGCUGGCGGCAAGCUAAAUGAACAAAAGGCCCAGGCGCUCUUCUAUGCUCUGGAUACCGACAACCUGGGCUACGUAUCCUUCGAUUCCUUUGUGGAGCUCACGGAGAAGCAGAAAUCGAGCUAUAAAUUCCUGUAUCACAAAUCGGAGCACAUACGGCGACCGAAGGCAGUCGUCACAACGGCCGAGAACUGAAGAUCCGGGGAACGUUUUUGUGUUUCACAGGAAAUGUUGUCAAGCUGGAGGACGUGGAGUUGUAACCAAGAGAAAUACCCAACCUAAGCAGAAUGUUCAACUGUCGAGUGUUUAUUUUUAAUAUUUAUUUAUAUCGUGUAGCGCGUGCCCUGGCACCCAUAUAUUGUAAUUAAUAUAAUUUCUAUUAUUAUUAUUACCAUAGUUUCAUGUGAACAAAUGCUCACAGCUCAUAGAUCCGGAUCUGAUUGCGCCCAGCUUUGUUAUUUUUUAUACUCGGACUCCAAACGCAAGUCAUUUCAUUUUUGUGAUUCUUAUUAUACACGCCUACGUUAUAUAUACGCAACAAAAACUUAGAGGAUAUAUAAACAAGUAUGUAUCUCAUGUAGAGGCAGGCAAAUCAACCAUCAAGCCCUUAAAUCUUUCCUAUUUCCACGGGCAAAAAGAGAAACCACAAAGAAUUGUACGGCAAGACCUAGGUAUAAGACAUAGCAGAAGACCCAACCAACGAAGCUCUCCUUCGAUCCUACUCAUCAAACACCACCAAGACCAAAACAGAACAAUGGAACUGCGAUCGCAAACGAUCAUAAACACCACAAACCAAGUAAAACUGAACCACCACCAAGCACACCUAAAGAAAAACUAUUGUAAAACGAGCUGUAUUCGAUAAUUUAUCAAAAUUCUCAAUUUAAACAAGAUAGAAAACUGGCCAGGUAAUUGCUUUGUAAAAUGACCUAAACUUUGCAACCUUUUAACAAAUUGAUUGUAUUUGCUAUUUAACAGGACGAUUGUAAUAUUUUGAAUAUCUUCUUUAUUUCAAUAUUGCUGAAUUUGAAUUUAAGGAUCUCCGAUCUGUUGUUAGUCAUUAGACCCUCAGAUCUAUAGUUCCUCAGAGCAAAUGGUAUGCCAUUUGGUUAUCGAACAUUUCUUGUGCAUUUGUAACCCACACGACGGCUAACUUAACUAGACUUCAGACCAGCACCUGGCACGGAGAGCAGAGAUCUAAGCAGAACACAGCCUGUACUUAAGUCAAGCAUCUUGGGCACUCCCCAAUCUCUCACACAGUCUCUUCUAUAUAUGUUAUAAAUUGCAAAAAAAAAAAAGUGACACACACACACUGAGAAGCACCUGUAAUUGCGUAAUUGUAAAGAAUAUCUGC